GAGGGAAGUCCGUCGUCCUCGGCGCGCCCGCCCGCGGCAGGGGAACCGAGGGCUGUAAGGGAAGCAGUGCCCCGCUGCGUUGUUUGGGGCUCCGUGAGCCGAAGGGGGGAGGGGAGCAGUAGGGAGAAACAAACACGACGUAGCGGAGGCUGCGCGCGGCCUUCGCUGCCUGCGUGCGUACGUGCGUGCGCUCGCUCGCGCGGGCUCAGUGCUGGCGCGUGAGGCGGAGGCGGGCGGCGGCGGCGCCUGCGCGGUCGGGCUCGGUCGACGGUUCGCAGGGGAGGAGGCGGCGGGAGGCGGAGGAGGCGGCGGCGAUGGAGGUGAAGCGGCUGAAAGUGACCGAGCUGCGGUCGGAGCUGCAGCGGCGGGGCCUGGACUCGCGUGGCCUCAAGGUGGAUCUGGCGCAGCGGCUGCAGGAGGCGCUGGACGCCGAGAUGCUCGAGGACGAGGCCGGCGGUGGCGGGGCCGGGCCCGGCGGGGCCUGCAAGGCGGAGCCUCGGCCUGUAGCCGCGUCGGGCGGUGGCCCGGGCGGGGACGAGGAGGACGACGAAGAAGAGGAGGAGGAGGACGAGGAGGCGCUGCUUGAGGACGAGGACGAAGAGCCACCCCCUGCCCAGGUCUCGGGCCAGGCCGCGCAGCCGCCGCCGGAGCCCCCGGAGGCGGCAGCCAUGGAGGCCGCGGCCGAGCCUGAUGCUUCCGAGAAGCCGGCGGAGGAGUCCACGGCGGGGUCAGGUGGUGUAAAUGGUGGCGAAGAGCAGGGCACCGGCAAGGGGGAGGAAGACGAGCCGGAGGAGCGGAGCGGGGACGAGACGCCGGGAUCCGAGGCGCCGGGUGACAAGGCCGCAGAGGAACAGGGAGAUGACCAAGAUAGUGAAAAGUCAAAACCAGCAGGCUCAGAUGGUGAGCGGCGGGGGGUAAAGAGACAGCGGGAUGAGAAGGAUGAACAUGGCCGAGCUUACUAUGAAUUCCGAGAGGAGGCUUACCACAGCCGCUCAAAGUCUCCACCACCCCCUGAAGAAGAGGCAAAAGAUGAGGAGGAGGAUCAGACUCUUGUGAACCUGGACACGUAUACCUCGGAUCUCCAUUUUCAAGUGAGCAAAGACCGCUAUGGAGGGCAGCCGCUUUUCUCAGAGAAGUUCCCCACCCUUUGGUCUGGGGCAAGGAGUACUUACGGCGUGACAAAGGGGAAAGUCUGCUUUGAGGCCAAGGUAACCCAGAAUCUCCCAAUGAAAGAAGGCUGCACAGAGGUUUCUCUCCUUCGAGUUGGAUGGUCUGUUGAUUUUUCCCAUCCACAGCUUGGUGAGGAUGAAUUCUCUUACGGUUUUGAUGGACGAGGACUCAAGGCAGAGAAUGGGCAGUUUGAAGAAUUUGGCCAGACUUUCGGGGAGAAUGAUGUCAUUGGCUGCUUUGCUAAUUUUGAGGCUGAAGAAGUAGAACUUUCUUUUUCUAAGAACGGAGAAGACCUAGGUGUGGCGUUCCGGAUCAACAAGGAGUCCCUGGCAGAACGGGCCCUCCUACCCCAUGUCCUCUGCAAAAAUUGUGUUGUAGAAUUAAAUUUUGGUCAGAAGGAGGAGCCCUUCUUCCCACCACCGGAAGAGUUUGUGUUCAUUCAUGCUGUGCCUGUUGAGGAGCGGGUGCGCACCGCUGUCCCUCCCAAGACCAUAGAGGAGUGUGAGGUGAUUCUGAUGGUAGGACUGCCUGGAUCUGGAAAGACCCAGUGGGCACUGAAAUACGCAAAAGAAAACCCCGAGAAAAGAUACAAUGUUCUGGGAGCUGAGACUGUGCUCAGUCAAAUGAGGAUGAAGGGGCUCGAGGAGCCAGAGAUGGACCCCAAAAGCAGAGACCUUUUAGUUCAGCAAGCCUCCCAGUGCCUUAGUAAGCUGGUCCAGAUUGCUUCCCGGACAAAGAGGAACUUCAUUCUUGAUCAGUGUAAUGUGUACAACUCUGGCCAACGGCGGAAGCUGUUGCUGUUCAAGACUUUCUCUCGGAAAGUGGUGGUGGUUGUUCCUAAUGAGGAAGAUUGGAAGAAGAGGCUGGAGUUGAGGAAGGAAGUGGAGGGAGAUGAUGUGCCUGAGUCUAUAAUGCUGGAGAUGAAAGCCAACUUCUCUCUGCCUGAGAAAUGCGACUAUAUGGAUGAGGUGACAUAUGGCGAGCUGGAGAAAGAGGAAGCUCAGCCCAUUGUCACUAAGUACAAGGAGGAGGCCAGGAAGCUGCUGCCCCCCUCCGAGAAGCGGACAAACCGCCGAAACAAUCGAAACAAGCGCAACCGGCAGAACCGAAGCCGCGGCCAAGGCUACGUGGGCGGGCAGCGCCGAGGCUACGACAACCGGGCCUACGGGCAGCAGUACUGGGGGCAGUCUGGAAACAGAGGGGGUUACCGUAACUUCUACGAUCGAUACAGGGGAGACUAUGAUCGAUUCUACGGGCGAGAUUAUGAGUACAACAGAUACAGAGACUAUUACAGACAGUACAGUCGGGAUUGGCAGAAUUACUACUACCACCACCCCCAGGACAGAGACCGAUACUACAGGAACUACUACGGUUACCAAGGGUAUCGGUGAAGCCCCUGUCAUUCUCGCCUGUCAGCCGUGAAGCUGAAUCUCUAGGGGUGCCAGGCACCCCCCAAAACACAACCAAGGAAAACAGGGGCUGUUCGGGUGGGGCUGAGCUGCCGGGGAGGGGCGGUGGGGGGGAGGGUGCGCAAGCAGGGGCAGGGGAGGGGGGAGGUGGAAACAACAAAACUGUACAUUUUUUUUAAAAGUUUGUUGAAAAGAAUAUUGUCUUAUUCUAUAAAACAUUUCAAACCUAGUUAGAUAUUUGUAAUCAAAAAACAUUUGCGCAGAAAGCAGCACUUAGGGCUGCCUGUCCUGUAUCCUGCAGUUCGGACAGGAAAAGAACUGAAAAUGUCACCUUCUGACAUUCUAAGGCAGCUGGACUGGCGGCCGAGGAAGGGAGAGUGUUGAGGAGGUGCGGAGAGGGUGGGCACGCAUGUGAGCGCGCCCUCUCCGGAGCAGGCAGGAGUGGGGACAGAGGGAGAGCUUGUGACUGGGGCAGUGAAAAUAAACGAUUGGCUCUUAUCAAUCACUUGCACCAACUAACCGUUUGUAUUUUCUUUACCGACCUUUCCCUCUUGGGAUAUCUGGUCUGGUGGGCUGGGAGGCCAAAGUGUCCCUGUCUCCACUUUCCCAGGCCUCGUGCUGUUCGGCGGAGGCGCGGAGACUACCAGUUGGGUGGUUCUGUUACGUAGGAUUCCCAGGCCGAGGAGGCCCGGGGACGGCUCACGAUCGCAGAGCGGAAUAGCCUGCACGCUCCGCGCACCCGGCAGUGAACUUCCGCAGAACAUUCGGGGGAGAAUGGCGUUGCCGCCCUCAGCCGGAAGAUUGUGAUUUUGCCAGUCUCUGCUCUCUGUCUUCCAAGCUCGAGACAGGCGGGAAGUCUCUGAAAUCAUCUCUGUUAGGGUACCUGGCCUCUUGUAGUGCGAGAGAAGGAGCGUUUCUCAGGGUUUCAGCUCACACAGAAACGAAGCAGGAUUCUUGGCGCUGCAGCAGGAUAUGUACAUAGGUGAAUCCUGUGGUGUGGGCUCCCGGGCCCAGGUGCUGAGAAUAGCAACUAUUUUAUACAGUGUGGGGGGCACAAGCCCUGCUGGGUUUUUUGAUACACAGGUAGAGAGUGGAUAGGAGGGGGGUGGGGGGUGGGAGGCAGCUCAGUGGGGGCUGCCGAAAUGGGGGGGAGGCCGAGAAUGUGAGCGCGUGUGUACCGUGUGCUUGAGAAGGGAGCCGCCCCCUCCCGACUUCUGGAAACAGGUUUCCUCCAGGGGCGCUUUCCCUGCGUGUCCCCAGAGAGGCCUCUAGCCAGGAGACUUGAGUUGGGAUAGUUUUUGUUUGUAACUUUACCAACACCCUCCCGGUUCUUGACAAACAGCUUCUGGUGGCUGUGCUCAGGAAUCCGGGGGGGUGUGGGAAUGCUCCUCCCGUCCUCCGCUUUAGUUGUAAGUCCUCUUCCUGCCCAGUGUUGUGUCAGCCAAGAGCUUACUCUGCAAACACCGUGUCCUGCAGCACUAGCCCAUCGGGGCGGUGGCGGGGGCCGGCUUGGACCCCACGCCUGCCCCGAGGCUCCGCUUCCGUUUCCUCACCUGGGCAGUCCUCGGGUAAACAUUUUGUGCUGAGAUCUGAUCUUCCUCUCCCUCUGCCAUCACUCCUUCCAUGCAGCCCUUCUCUAGGCUCGUAGGCCCCGCCCUGGUCCUCCAGUCACCCCUGUCCCAUACACACCCUUUUGCCCCCGAGGCUGGCAAGGGGGUGCUGGUAGGAAGGGAGCCGGCUUGCUCCUAAUGACAUCCUUUCUGUUGGCGCCUGCUUCCUUGUGGGGCCCUUGUGGAUUUGCGCGUGGCAGUGGGUGAAGUGAUUGCAUGAACUUAGCUGUAAUCCACUAACAACUUAUUAAGGGAGUUUGAGAAAGCUUUGCUCGUAGUGUCAGGCAGGGAGGUAAAAAUUCGAGCCCAAAGAAAUUGCCGUAGGGCAAGAUGAUGGGAAUAGAAAAUUGAAUCUGAGGCAGAAGUUGCCAUCCCUUUUUCAAAUGCCAUCCUCUGGCGAAUAGCAUCUUUUUAUGGUCUCUGACGUGGUUUGUGGAUGCUAGGCCCUCGGGGCCAGAGGAACAAAGCCCAAGCCGUUUGGAGGUCUUGGGGAUUGGGGGAGGCCUAGGGGAGGGACUUGCUGUUAAUUUUGGACACCAGAAAGUCAUCAUAAAAAAAAAAAACCAAACUUUUUCUGUUGGAUGGAGAGUGAAGCUGCCACAUCCUUGUUGGUUUAACCCAAGAGAUCACGUACAACAACAGUAGAUGUCUGGGUUUUGUUUCUGUCUUUUUAUUGUGAAAAAAUGAUGUUAAGUGGGGGAAAUGUGGAUUACCAGGAGGGACCCCUAGCCUUGUUUUCCUUAGAAGACUUGUUUAGUGUUUUAUCAGACGUCUAUUGUAGUUGUCAUAGAUGGAAACACACACCACAUGGAGCCUGUAAAUGUUUUUGCACAACCUGUAAAGCAUUCUUGGAAGUGGCCAGUAAAAAAGGGUUUUACCGUUUAAAAAAAAAAAAAUGUAACUGUGUCAUUGUUUACAUCUGUAACUUUUUCCUCCCCUGUUCUCCUUACAUCCUGGCAAAAAUGUAGGCAUAGUAGCUUCCAGUUUUAGAAUAAAUAACCAUUUGGAUUGAA